CUCAGUUGUUUAUGUAUCCUUCGGUAGUGUCUCGGACCUUGGAGAAAAUCAAAUGCAGGAAAUAGCAUGCGGCCUGAUGAAUAGCAAUUGCAACUUCUUAUGGGUAGUUCGACCUUCUGAAGAGAGCAAAAUUCCUAGAGAUUUAAUGUCCGAGGCACAAGAAAGAGGUCUAAUCGUGAAUUGGUGCCCUCAGAUAAAGGUUUUGUCACACAGGGCAGUGGGAUGCUUCAUGAGUCAUUGUGGUUGGAAUUCAACAAUUGAAGCAUUGAGCUUGGGUGUGCCAAUGGUGACCAUGCCAGUGUGGGUUGAUCAAACUACAAAUUCUAAGUAUAUUGUGGAUGUAUGGAAGGUAGGAUUGCGAGUUAAGGCCAGUGAGGAAAGGGAAAUGGUAACAAGAGAAGAAGUAGAAGGAACUAUAAGAGAAGUUAUGCAUGGGGAGAAGGCAAGUGAGCUUAGAAACAAUGCUUUGAGGUGGAAGGAGUUGGCUAAGGAGGCAAUUAGUGAAGGAGGAAGCUCAGACAGAAACUUUGAAGAAUUUGUUUCGAGUCUUGAAAGCAUUUAA